GAUUACAAGAAAGCCUAUGACUCGAUGCCACAUACAUGGAUCACUGAAUGCUUGGAGUUGUAUAAGGUGAACAGGACCCUAAGAGCCUUCGUUGUGAACUCGAUGAGGAUGUGGAAAACCACACUUGAAGCCAAUGGCAAGCCACUUACCCAAGUGUCCAUCAAAUGCGGCAUAUACCAAGGUGAUGCACUCUCCCCACUGCUGUUCUGCAUAGGACUGAACCCCCUAAGCCAAGUAAUCACCAAGACAGGCUAUGGAUACCGCCUCAGAAAUGGAGCUACAAUCAGUCACCUCCUCUACAUGGAUGACAUAAAGCUGUAUGCGAAAGGGACAUAGAUUCCCUGAUCCACACAACCAGGAUCUACAGCAGCGACAUCGGGAUGUCAUUCGGGCUUGAGAAAUGUAGUCGGAUGGUGACUAAGAGAGGAAAGGUAGUCCGCACUGAAGGGGUCUCACUCCCUGAAGGAACAAUAGCAGACGUUGAGGACAGCUACAAGUACCUCGGUAUACCACAAGCCAAUGGCAACCUCGAACUGGCAACAAGGAAAGCGGCUACGGCCAAAUACCUCCAGCGAGUGAGGCAAGUCCUAAGAAGCCAGCUCAAUGGCAACAAUAAGACCCGGGCAAUAAACAGCUACGCCCUGCCAGUGAUCAGAUACCCUGCAGGAAUAAUAAGGUGGCCAAAGGAAGAGAUUCAGACCACGGACGUUAGGACCCGAAAGCUCCUAACCAUGCAUGGAGGGUUCCAUCCCAAAUCCAGCACCCUGAGACUGUACGCAAGCCGAAAGGAAGGAGGCCGGGGACUAGUGAGUGUGAAAGCCACUGUCCAGGAUGAAACAUCCAAGCUCCAUGAAUACAUCAAGGAGAAGGCUCCAACGGAUGACGUACUCAGAGAAUGUCUCAGACAAUGGGGAACAGAAGAUGAGGCGCUGGAAGAGGGACCAUUAUGGGAGGACAAGGCCCUACACGGGAUGUACCACCGGACCAUAACUGAAGUGGCCGAUCUCAAGAAGUCCUAUCAGUGGCUAGAGAGGGCUGGCCUGAAGGACAGCACAUAGGCACUCAUCCUGGCUGCUCAGGAGCAGGCCUUGAGCACCAGAGCCAUCGAGGCCCAGAUAUACCACACCAGACAAGACCCAAG